AUCCGACGCAAACUUUAACAGAUAGUGUUUUUGGUGCGGUGUUCGCUGAACUCUGUCGCCGCUGUCGUGGUAAUUUUCAGAAAAAAAACCGCUGAAACAGCUAAAUGCACGCAACCAAAUUAGUUUUAUUUCCGUUUUGUACUAUGUGCAUCAGAACUCCGAAAUAAUAAGUGUUGAUCUUUGCGUUUGUGAAUAAAAUAGCCAAAAUGGGCGCGUAUCUUUCAGAACCUCUUACGACGAAAGACUCACACGACGAGGGAAAUGACAUGCUUGUAUCCGGUUCCAGUUCGAUGCAGGGUUGGCGAAUCAGUCAAGAGGACGCUCAUAACUGUAUCCUGAAUUUCGACGAAAAUACUUCUUUUUUUGCUGUCUACGAUGGACAUGGUGGUUCAGAGGUAGCCCAGUACUGCAGUUUACAUCUUCCAGCGUUUCUAAAAACUUUAGAAUCGUACAAAGCCAAAAACUUUGAGCAGGCUUUGAAAGAUGCCUUUAUUGGUUUUGAUGCCACGUUGCUGGAAGAAACAGUGAUUGAGGAGCUGAAAAAAUUGUCUGACAAAACAAACGGCGAAGAAGCCGUAGAAGAAGAAGACGAAGAAGAAGAGGAUGAUAAUGUCGACGACCUGUGCAAGGAGGCUUGCAUGCCGUUGAAUGAAGUUCUGCAGAUGUACAAGAAGGACAAAAAAAAUCCUAUCCUGAACAAGGUUAAAGAGGGAGAUUGCUCUAAGCCAUUAUCCCCAUACUUGAAAGGUAAACGAAAGGGUCUGUUGUCGGAUACCAACGAUGUGUCCGAUCCAAGCUCUACCGAUACAGGUAAUUCUGCAGCUGGAACAUCCAACGCAGAGGCAGAUGUAUCUAGCGACGCCAAAACCAGCAUCUCGGAUGCAGCAGAUUCUACUGUAAGUAGCUCCAGUAACAAAGCAGAGGAGAGCCAGAAUCCAGAAUCCUCAGUUACAAAAGCUGAGCAAAGCAAUGAGAUUAGCGAUACAGAUGGAAUCGGUUCAGCAGUACCCAAGGAAGAUUGUGCUCCAGAUAGUUCGUCUUCGUCUAAACCCGGCGAAGAAGUGAAAUCUAAUUUAGGAGAAAUAAAGUCUUCUGAUCCUGCAGUCAAUGGCGAAACAACAGAAUCGGCUGGCAAAUCUACUGUAUCUUCUUCUUCAGCUUUAUCAGCUCAGGAGAAUGGCAUUGUUUCAAGUAAUACUAACUCCGGUGAAGCAGGGACAUCUGCCAACAAGAACGGCGGAUCUAAGGUAGACAGCUCUUCUGCAGGAACUUCAUCUUCCCCUGCUGCAUCCAAAAAACGCCAAACCACCAAUGGACCAAACCUGGUGGAUGAUGACUCCGAAGACGAUGAAACUGACACUGAUGAAGAAUUUCCACCAGUCGCCGACGCUAACGAAACCUCCAGUACCGAAGAUGGAGAGGAAGAUCAUUAUUGUGAGGAAGGAAGCGAAGAGGAAGAAGAAGAAGAGGGUGAAUAUGAAGAGGAUGAAGAAGAAUACAUGAAUGAAGAGGAUGAAGCAUUCAUGAACAACAUCACUGAUGAACCGGGCAAAGAUAGUGGAUGCACAGCUGUUGUGGCAUUACUGCAUGAAAAGGAACUGCUGGUAGCCAAUGCAGGAGACUCACGAUGUGUUGUUUGUCGUGAAGGCAAAGCUCUAGAGAUGAGCUUCGAUCAUAAACCCGAAGAUCAGAUUGAGUUCGAUCGAAUCCAGAAGGCUGGAGGUCGUGUAACACUGGAUGGUCGUGUCAAUGGAGGAUUGAACUUAUCACGAGCUAUUGGUGAUCAUGGGUAUAAAAUGAAUAAAAAACUUCUUCCGGAAGAACAGAUGAUCUCAGCCUUACCUGACAUCAAAAAGAUUACCAUUGGCCCGGAAGAUGAAUUCAUGGUAUUAGCUUGCGAUGGAAUAUGGAACUUUAUGACGAGCGAUGACGUGGUUGAGUUUGUACAAGAACGCAUUAGGGAUCCUACCAAGAAGCUCUCGGAAAUUUGUGAAGAAAUGUUUGACUACUGCUUAGCUCCACAUACAAAGGGUGACGGAACUGGUUGCGACAAUAUGACUGCAAUAAUUGUUCAGUUUAAACCGAACUUCAGCGGUGCUGCUUCAAGAAAGCGUACUGCUUCGACAGGAGAUGAUAUUCCCAAAGCUGAAAACGAUUGCAAAAAGGUGAAAACUGAAACAGGCGCAAGUUCAACAACCGGCAGCAAUAGAAGCAGUUGUGAAACUACAGCAACUACUAGCAGCGAUGAAAAAGAAGCAGCUGCUGCUGUAGCAUCUAUUGAAUCUAGCUCACCUAUGGAUAGCAGUGACAAUACUGCUUCAUCAUCAACGUGAAUCCGUAGUCUUAUCGCCCUUACACUGACACGCAUCCCGUAAGUUCCAUUAUUUGUCUUUAAUUGCCUAUUGUGUGCGCAGUUUUUGUUUUUGUUACAUUUAAAAUUCUUCAAUGGCUAAACCAUUUCGUUCUAUCUGCACAGUUUAUAUUUUCAUAAUUAGUCCAUUUUACAUGGCACGUUAAAACAUACCCAUUCGUUCUAAUUGUGAGAUUAAAAUUGGGAAAAAGUUUGAAUAAUUGUUAGUGUAAGACAUAAUAAUUAACUCAUACCCUUGAAGACAAUGAAACUAUUAUGGUUUACUUUCAGUAUUUGAUGGUUAUAUGUGUCAAAAUUUCAAAACUAAUAACGACACUUGAAUAUCACACCGAUCAUAUGGUCGUAAAAAAUCACAUUUUGUGAUCCAACCGGUUUGGUUGCUAAUACUGAACUAGGAAUCAACAUUUUAUGGAAGAAUUCUAGAUUAUAUCAGUACUAGUAAUCGAGUAUAAUACUUAACUUUAAUUGUUUAAACUAAUUUGUGAAAUAGGAACAAAAUUUUACAACAUAGCGAAACUGGCGCACCAAGUACAUAAAUGAAAACGGCAUGUAACAGUAGUAAAUCUUACCCGUACAUAAAACAAUGCACGUGUGUCUCUCUCCCAGUUAAUGUAAAUAUUACUGGAUUGGCAAUUGUUCAUCACUGGCGAGAUAGGGCACAUAUUUUAUGAUAAAGGGCAUAAGUAAGUUUAAAAUGAAGCAAAUUAACAGCACAUCCCUGUAAGUGAAGCGUAUGCUCCUAAAACAACUGGUAGUGUAACUGUAACAGAAAAAUAAAGUGUCUUCUAAAAGAAGUAUA